GAAUGGCUCCACUUGCCCUUUUUGUUAAACCGGAUAACACCUCCAUGAACCGACGACAACUUGGCUGCGGCUUCCCCCCUUUUGGUCUUGGUGCGCCCCGCCCACCUGAUCGCCUUCCUCCUCUCUCCUCGCCUCCGCCGCCUCCGGGAGCCGAUCACAGUCGCGCACGCAGCCCUCCCCUCUCUGGCGUAUUCUCCUCCUCCUCGGAGCGAAGGGAGAUUUAGGGCAGAGGAUGAGAGAGGCGUCAGGCAUGCCGGGGGAAGAGGACGUCCGCAAGGUCUCGCGCCAGGACAUUCAGCUGGUCCAGAAUCUCAUUGAGCGUUGCCUUCAGCUCUACAUGAACCAGAAAGAAGUGGUUGAUACUUUAUCUUUCCACGCAAAAAUAGAACCUAGUUUCACUGAGCUUGUCUGGCAGAAACUUGAGGAAGAGAAUCGUGAGUUUUUUAAGGCAUACUAUGCGAGGCUCAUGCUUAAGAAUCAAAUAAUGGUCUUCAAUAAGCUACUUGAAGAUCAGUAUCAGAUUAUGAGUAAAGAGCAUCCUUCUGGAGUACCUUCUAUGCCUCCUACUGCUCCUAAUGGCUCUAACUCAAGCACAUUGAAUCAAAAUGUGUGCUUUCUGCCGGACACUACCCCCAGUACUGCAAUGCCAGAUAGCUUGCUGCGCAAUGGAAAUCCUAGUGGUGUAGUAAAUGGUGCUCCAUCCAGUGAUCAAUUUAUCUAUGCUGGUAAAGUUGUUCAUGGUCUUCCUAGUGGCAUGGAUGCUUCAGCAAGCCUGCUAGCAGCACAUAAUUCAACUGUUGGGCAGUUUAAUGGACACAAUGGAACAACAAUAAAGACAGAGUCUAGCUACUCGAGCAACUCAGAUUUUCCAUUCGUUAGCGAGAACACCUUCCUAGAGCAAUCAGUUGGAGAUGUAUCUGGUGGAUCCUUUAGUAGCUCUGAGUUGAAUGGACAACCAAUGGGUGAUCCAAUUUUGGACAUGGAUUCAUCAUCGUAUGGUUUCUUGAGCCAGAUUCCUCGUAAUUUCAGCUUUUCAGAUUUAACAGAGGAUUUCAGCCAAAGUGCAGAAAUACUAGAGAAUUAUGGCCGAUCCCCUUUCAUCCCUUCCGAGACAAAUAACUUCUCAGAGUCUACUGCUGGAGAACAUAUAGAAAUAGGAAAUAGACGGCUAGAUACUAUAUCCGAGGGUGUUAAUUUUGAAGAUUUCAGAAUUGAUUAAUCAGCGUUUGAUGGUACUGCAUAAGGUUGAGCAGCGAUGCACCAUUUGUACAUACUAUUUUGGGCAGGCAAAUCUCUACAGCUAUGGUCAUGGAACUAGCUGAUUUCGCAGAAACUGUUACUUCUUCGUUGAGGUCUUGUGUUGUUUGAGACUACAAGCAUGAAUGACUUGUAUGAGAACCUUAUUAGACCAAAUAAUCUGUCACAUUGAAGGAUAUGAGAAAUCCAUGUUCUUUGUAUCGUUGUUGAUACUGUAGGAGUGAUCUGUAUUUGUUCGGUUGCUUAAGUUAGCAUUAGCUGUGGUGGAAACUUGACAUUAGCAUCAAUAUUACCCUUAACUUGUCCA